AUGCAGGCUCUGUACCUGAUCGCAAUAAACGGAAAGCCGACAAUCAAAAACCGAGAUCGUCUGAGCCAUGAACUUGUCGAUUUCCUCGACAGUUGUCUGGAGGUCGAUGUUGCAAAGCGGGGAUCCUCAGAAAGCCUAUUAAAGCACAAGUUCAUAACUGAACGCAGUGAGCCCUCUCCAACCGAGCUACCGAAACGUAACAACCGCCGUCAAUUCCCCACUCUCGUCUGUUCCCUCCACACCUAUCCCUUCCCAGUUACUUCUCUCCCCAUCCAGGAAACAUUCCAUCUCUGUCUGCAGCCGCUGCAGACUGAGUACACGAGAAAGAGUCUUCUGAAAAUGCUCCAACAACUUGGCUUUUCUGCCCACCGAAUGCCCUUGGUCUUUCCUCGUGACCUGCUCUCCCCUCCUCCCUUCCACCCUUACUAA